AUGCAUUAUCAGCGUAUGGUCCAACGCUACUAUCUGCUGAAUGGCUAUAAUGAUAUAAACCUAUGGCAUACUUAUAUUACUUCUCUCCCAGAAGCAUUAAAACCAGAGCUACAUCGUAGCAUUGCUGCCACCCUCCAUGCUAUGAAUGGAGAAAUACACCAGAUGACACUGGCUUGUUUGGAAAAAAUGUGCGAGCAACAGAAAUUAUUCAAAGACAUUAUUGACAACAAAAGUUCAGAAUCUGACUCUGAAGCCCAUUACCCAUUUUACCUGGCCCAAAAAAUCCAGUCCUCUCGACCUACUUACAACCCAAACACUAUCACUAUCCCUAUCCCUAUCCCUCUAGUCCCAUUGCAUGUCCUGCCCAGUAAGUAUAAGCGGCCCAUAAAUGUUAUUGGAUUUCUUGACACUGGAGCCCAUAAGAGUAUGAUGAAUCCAGCCAUACUCCCUCCAGAAUAUUGGGUCCCGCACACAGAGUAUUUCAAAGCAGCUGAUGGAAACAUUUUCAAAACUAGCCUGAUUACCAAACAACCCAUUGGUAUUCAGUUCUUUCCCACCUGCAUCCUUUGGACCAAGAUCAUUGGAUCAGACCUCUCUGAAAAAGACUUGCCGAUUGGAUUUGAUUUCUAUCAGCAAGCAAAACACUUGAAGAUUCUGCCAAGGGGAUUGAAAUAUAAGAGACACUUCCAACCUUUUACUUCUGUUCCUAAACUAUAUUCCUUAGCAGAUGCCUCAAUGGAGUUUCAAGAGCACAAAGAACUUCUCUUAAAGUAUUGUGCAAAUUCUCAUGCACAGUUCCAUCAUCAUCAUCCCUUAUGGAGAAACCCAGAGUUCUUUAUCCAUCUGCUAUUUAAGUUGAAUGAAGACAUAAAUCCCACCAAGGCAUCACACCCGAGGAUGAAUCCAGCAGAUCUGGCUUUGGCUCAAGAGGAAUGUAAACAGUUGCUUCAACAAGGCCUAAUAGAAGCCACAUCCUCUCCAUGGGCUUGCCAAGCUUUUUAUGUAGAAAAACGAUCUGAAAAAUUAAGGGGUAAGAAGAGGCUCGUAAUUGACUAUAAGCCUCUUAACCACUUCUUACAAGAUGACAAAUUUCCACUACCCAAGCCUGAAGCCCUAUUUACCCAACUUCAUGAAGCCCACAUCUUUUCAAAGUUUGAUCUCAAAACUAAUUUUUGGCAAUUGGGUAUUGAACCCACAGACAGGCCCAAAACUGCAUUCUGCAUUCCCACAGCUCAAUACCAAUGGAUUGUUCUCCCUUUUGGCCUAAAGAUAGCACCUUUUGUUUUCCAAAAAGCCAUGAAAAAAAUAUUUGAUCCCAUACUCCAGAGUGUCCUCAUCUACAUUGAUGACAUCCUACUAUUCUCAAAAGAUGUCAUGGCUCAUAAAGCACUUUUGACCACAUUUCAAUCUAUAGUGGAAUCCUAUGGCAUAAUGUUGUCCGAAAAGAAAAGUUCUUUAGCACAAUCUGAUAUUGAUUUCCUUGGGAUGCGAUUUAAAGAUGGAAGAUACCAGCCGGGGCCACACAUUGCAGAAGAAUUGCUAAAGUUCUCUGACAAAGACUUGUCAAUAAAAUAG